AUGUGCAAAAACUUCAUUUCAAAUCUUAAAUCCAAAACCUUUUCAACAUUUUCAUCUAUCUUUGGUUAUUUUCAAAAUAAUAAAAAUAAUAAUAAUAAUAAUAAUAAUAAAUUAAUAUUAGUAUACCAAAUACCAAAAAGUACAAAGAAUAUACUUUUAGAUAAUAAUGGUAGACAAGCAUUCACCAUAAAAUAUUUUUUUCAAUUUCUAUAA